AAACGAUAGUGUGUUUCGAAUACGGGGUCGGUUCAAAAUUUAAUGUUCCCUUACAUUUAAUUUACUGGGAGGGACCCAUAACACGGAUGGCGUCUUCAAGGAACGAUCAAAUGAGAUGUUCACACUGUGAAAAGACUGUCAGAGUGAAUUCACCUUCAAUUUCAUGCUCUUCAUGUCUAUCAUGGUUUCAUAAGGGUUGUUCGGGUCUCACCAAUCCCGAAUUCAACAAACAAGCAUCAUUGUGGAAUAAAUCAAAGGCGACCACUUGGACAUGCCAACCCUGCAUGGACGAAACACUUCUACAAUCUGGUAGAAGAACAAACACGAAAACAAAAUCUCGUCGUUCCAUCGGCCCUGGGGCUGCUCUUCCCGAGGAUGUUCCUGAGAACGACCAAAUUUCACUUCGGGAUAUUAUGAACAAAUUAUUACAGAUUGAAUCUCAAUAUUCGGAUCUCCUUUCCAAAUAUAACGAACAAAUUAAAAUAAACGCUGAACUCAAUACAGAAAUCGCAGAAAUCAAAUGUCAACUUUCCGCUUGUAACGGUCCUGCUGCCACGUCCUCGGCUUCGAUGGCAACAGAUGAUUUGUUGAGAGAACUUCACGACCGGGAAAAGAGAAGAGGGAACUUUAUCAUAUUUGGACAACCAGAUUCUAACUCUGAAUCCAUAAGCGAUCAAGACAAAGUUACUGCACUGAAUGUAUUGAAUUCUACACUACCAAAUAACAGCGUUGAUCCAGUCAGCAUCAGGACCUUUCGUCUUGGAAAAUUUGCCCAGAAUAAAUCACGCCCUAUAAAGGUGAUUUGUGGUUCUCAAAUUUCUCAGAGAGUACUCUCAAAUUCUAAGAUUCUGAGGAACACACCAAACUUAUCCAGUCUAUCAAUCAGCUCCGACAAGACACCCAAGCAACUCCAAGAAUACAGAGAAACUAAACAACGCCUCAUUGAUAGACUAGCAGCCGGAGAAUCCAAUCUAAAAAUUAAAUAUGUUAAUGGCAGUCCAAGGAUCGUUAGUGUGGACGUGAAUCAUUUAAACUUCCAGGGAACGCAAAUAAUCAGUCCGGCUUAAACAUCGCCUACCAAAAUGUUCGUGGGUUGAACACUA